GAUUUUGUUCUGCAUGCAUCAUCCAUUUUCCAAUUGAAAUAAUCUCAAUAGAAAUGAUGUUCUUUGUCCCAUCAAACUGGAUUACCAAAUGCUCAAAUCCAACACCCUGAAUUCUCAACAACUUUCCACGGAAAUUUCAUUCAACACCUCGUGUAAACCUCUGCCUGUUAUUUUUCCAAAACUACCAAAUGUCUACCCAAUCCGGAAAAGACCCCCUCAAGCGAGAAACCCCACCUCAUGAACGUGAAGACACCAAGUACUCAAGCUUCCCAAUUUCAUCUUCAGAGCGCGACCGUAUUUUACAGGUAGAGAAAGACUGGGAAGAAAAACAACUCGACUACGAAGAAAGACAAAGAUAUGGUGCCUCUCAAAAGCUGCCUGGCUCUAAAGGCUCGGGACAAAAUUCACCGAAAAGGAAGUUGGGAAACAGUUCAGGUCAUGGAUGGGAAGAAAUUAAAGAUCCUCCCACCGACUAUUCAGAGGGAGAGGGAGGCGUACAUUGGAUCGAUGCACUCUUUGCUGAAAAUCUUUCACUCGCUGAAUUUAGUGAUAGAAUAAAGCAGAGAAAUGCAAAAAUCGACCCUGACAUUGAACGACUAAAGCAACUAAACGCAGAAAUGGAUAUCAAAAUGCGACAUCAUCGAGAAACAGCAGCUGUAAUUCUUAAAAAGAAAGAAGAACUAGCGGCGUUGAGAGCAACGGGGAAACCACCGCUAAAGAGGAGAGUGGGGCGGGUAGGAGACCGGAGUUCGACUGAGAAUGAAUAUCAAAGGGUGGAGAGAGAGAGAAGUGCAAGACGGAAAGAAUAUGACGAACCAUCUCAGCUACUUGAUUGGAAUAAGCUCAAGGGUUGGAAUAGGAAUGGGAGAAAAUCAAAGGGAUAUGAGGAUGUAGAAGAUUGGUGGAAGCCAACCCAUAGAGAAUACCAGGCUCCUACGGUCGAGGUUGCGGAUGAGUCAGAGCCUACCAAACCUUCGAAUUUGGGAAAAUCAAAGGGAUAUGAGGAUGUAGAGGGUUGGUGGAAGCCAACUCGUAACGAAGCCCGUAAUUCUGCGAUCUCGCCUCUGGAAGAUAGAGUGCGUGCUAAUUUUUUGGCUGAGGGUGAUAAAUGGCCAGAAGGUCUUGGUGCGGGCGGGAAACACAUACAACCUUUUGCCGGUGGGCAUCUACCUUUCCAUAACGAACCCGAGGGCCCGCUAGAUGCAACUGCGAAGCUGCAAGAACAACUCGAUGCAAACGAGGAAAACAAAUACAAAUACAAAAGUUCUGCAGCUAAGAAGGUCCAGAAGCCACUCGAUGCAAUCAAGCAAGACAAAGUCAAAAAGUCUCUACCCGUUCCCAAAGAAGCGGUACAAAAUCCUCCCUCAUCGGCUUCACGUCACGAUCGCCAUUCUCAAAAUGACUCCGCAGUAACUUGGAGCUGGAAACGGGCUCUGAUUAUCUUAGUUACGGGAAUGUUAUUAGCUGCAAUAAUUUUGAGGAUUAAAGGCGCUACGCCCGACCGACGAGAUGUUAGUGGGAGUUCGAAGUGGGGAUUAGGGAAGACUGUUGAAUAAGUCGAAAGAAAAUGUAUCAAUUAUUUCUGUAAUGUACA